AUGGUCGAUGCAUCCUGUCAAGAUCCAGAAGAAAAUGUUACAGCAUGCGCAAAGAUUGUCCAGAGCGCGAACGCUAAAGGAAUCGCCAUCGAGGCAGAGAUGGGCCGCAUAAUGGGCUCUGGGGACGCACUGCCACGUAUGGAGAGGAGUCUAGAAAGUCUAAUGACAGACCCAGACAUUGCUAAGGUCUUCAUUAAGCGCACUGGAGUGCAGUUUCUUGCCUCCUCGUUUGGAAAUAUUCAUGGCCACUAUGGCGCGAUGAGGGCAGAAGAUGUGUGGAAAGUCACUCUACCUUCCGGGGUCAACUCAGCUGUGCCUGACAUCGCCUUGGUGUUGCAUAGAACCCAUGGCGUAUCGGAUGAAUUGUUUCUAGAGGCAGCAAAACGCGGAGUCACGAUGAUCAAUCUCAAUCAGACGGUAAAGAAAGAUUAUACGGAUUUCACAUCACGGUAUGCCGGCACUUUGGAGCUUACAGAGCUCAAGGCUCAAGGUGUCGCGGUGUACGCCUUCCUUUCCCCUUCUUCCCCCUAG